AGGCAACACAGCGGAAACCGUCGUCAACUCCAUAGCCAAACGUUUGUGGCAGCAAAACACAUCUCUCCGAUAUGGGGAGCAUCGAGCAUCGACCUUCAGACUUCAAAUUGCACACAGGAGAGGAAUUGUUGUACACAGCUGACAAAAGGAUGGGAUGUACUUGAACAAAACACGGCGGUCGGGGUUUAGGGUUUAAGCCUUAAAGAAGGAGAACGACUCUGUCUUCACUCCCGAACUUGCGAAUGAAUGGAACGAUGUGAAGUUAACAUCGGUAUGCUGGUAUAGUCUUAGCAUACAAUUGCUGCUCACGGCGUCCAGCGGUGGGUCAGUGUAGUCACUUCAAGAUUAUCGGGUCUGCGAAGUUGAUUGCGUGUUGCGAGUCGUUGAAGUCUCGGGUUUCUGAAAUUUGUUGUCAAGUCUUCAGAAACUGCGAAGAGAAUCACGUUUGCGCAAUUGGUCUGGUGACAGUCUGCAAUAUCGCCGAGCUCCAAAUGGCGGUAUUGCACUCCAUGAUAUAAUCGUCGAAAUAGCAACAGAAGACUCGUUCGCAGUUGACCAAGAUGGAACCUCCGACCUACUGGGCGUCUUGCGCAACAGGCUUACAGUUCUGUUUACGAGCUGAGUUGGAAGCCAUCGAAGGAACAGACGUCAUAUCGGAUUCCCUCGCUCAAGGAGGUGUACUAUUUCGCACAAAUGCCGAACCGAAGGAACUUGCCAAACUGCGUGCUGCAGACAACAUUUACGCUUUUCUGGGACACCAUCAGGAUGUACCUUUGGAGAAAGAAGCAGCCGUCGAGUAUCUCACUUCCCUCUCUGCCAAGAUUGACUGGAAGUCUCCACUGGAGUUGUAUAGGCGCUGGAAGCAGCUGGAUGAAACUAAGAAUUGCUCAGCUUCAAAAUCAUCUUCUGAAGACAAGGAGAAUAUGGAUGCGUCUAGCUCACCGCUGACAUUUCGUGUCACGAGUGAUCGAAUCUGCAAGAACAUGAUGAAGCAGAAGUACACGUCUAUGGAUGCUGCCGCUGCUAUUGGGGAUGGCGUUAACGAGCUACUAGGAUGGAAAGCAAGCAUGAGAGUCUACGAUGUGGAGGUAUUGGCUUGGAUAAGAGACAUGGAACUCCUUAUUGUCGUUGCACUUAUUUACAGUGGAAAUAAAACGAUCGAGAGGCUAUUUGAGAACAAUGUAGCUGAGGAAAAGUGUACAACAGAGAACUUGCCGGAGGCUCCUCGUCUUUCUGAGGCGCCCAAAGAUACUGAAGUGAAGUUCCAGAGACCCAGUCGUUCCGAGGCGCAGCUUCAUUCUCGAAGACAAUAUCGGAAAGCUUUGGUGGGAACUUCAUUGAAGCCAAGUACAUCAUACGCGCUGCUUCAACUUGCACAAAUCAAACCUGGUCACGUUGUCCUUGACCCAAUGUGUGGAUGCGGAACUAUACCUCUCGAAGCUGUAGAUUGGCUUGGGGGACAAAUUAUGUCUAUUGGAGCAGACAACAAUCCUAAGGCGGUAGAUGCUGCUGCAAUAAAUGUUAGAGGAGGAGGCGGAAGAGGACCGUGUGAUGUUUUAAGCUGGGAUGCAGCAAAUCUUCCCCUACGGAGUGGCACGAUAGAUCGCGUAGUGUGUGAUAUGCCAUUUGGAAAUCGUUGUGGUAAUUAUAAAGUGCGAGAAUGGCUGUGUCCGAAGGUCGUAAAAGAGGUUGUGCGAAUUCUCCAGCGAGGAACAGGGAUUGCGGUGUUGAUGGCCCAGAGCAAGACCAUGCGUCAAGAAGUGGAGGUCAAUCAGAAGCCUUUUUUGGAAAUGCUCCAACACAUCUUGGUUGAGAUGGAGGGGCUUACAGUAGAUGUUUAUGUCGUUCGAAGAACAAUUGAGCCGCCACCGAUCCACGAAUUCAGACCGAAGAAGGCGAAUCACAAGAGGCAAAGAGUAGUGGUCAAGCGCUAAUUAUGCUCAAAACCGAGUAAUCUUCCGUGAUCCGAGGUCUUGGGCGGAAAAUUGACUUCACAAUCAAAGAGAAAACGAAGGAGAUUUGGAAGCUUAUCGAUAAUCAGGUUAUAGGUCAAAUCAGAUUUCUGUCAAGUUGUUAUUUUGAUAAUCAAUUUCUUAUAUUCAAGAGGCUCAUCAUCAUGUUCUU